UUCUGUAUUAAGAAAUUCCUAGAAGAGUUACUUAUAUUUUUCAAGAAAAAUGAAAACCCUCAAAGUUACUGUGCUUAGUCUUUCUUUCUUUUUUUCUUACGGCAAGCAGUUGAAAACAAAACCCUAAAAAGGGUUCUCUAUGAGAACCAAUUCGCCGCCUGAUUAACCUCUUUCUUUACCUUUCUUGAUACAUAUAACUCGAACAAACCCUCAUCACUAUCAUCACUCUUGUUUCGCCUCAUCUUUCUUGCCAACCCCCCUUUUCUUUUUCUGUUAUACUCGCUGUUCUUGCAAUCUAAUGUGAAAAACAGUGAAAAUUAGUUGCCAAAAUUACGAAAUUUUCGUGUCCGGUUUGUAUGUUGUUUGAUUAUUGGGUUUGUUUGUUGUUUGAUGAUCGAGUAUCGUUCGUAUAGGUUAUAAAAGAUUGAGCAUGUUUUUGGGGUUUUCUUGAUCAAAAGUUUUGAUCUUUUACGGUUCUCAAGAACUGAUUCUGAGGUGUUUAGAUCAUAGUGAAGCAUAAAGAGUUUAAAUUUGUUUUAGGGUUUUAGGGUUUGUCUGUUUUUGUUGUGUGAAGCGAUCAAAGAUUGGAUUUUUAUGAGCUAAACCUACAAAUUUCUUCGUGUUUUCAUCUGGAUAGUUUCAUCUGUGGAUAUGUUGUCUGAAUUGGGUAGGAGACCGAUGAUCCGCCGAGCCGCUGGAGGUGGCGGGAAUGAUGGUUCAUUUGGGGACGAAUUGGAGAAAGAGAUCGGGUUAUUGCUUCAUGAACAAAAGCGGGAGGCCGAUGAUCACGAAAAGGAGCUAAAUAUGUAUAGAAGUGGCUCAGCUCCACCUACUGUAGAGGGUUCUUUGAGUGCAGUUGGUGGUUUAUUUGCUAAUAACAAUGGGAGUAGUAAUAAUUUAGCAUUUUCAGAGAUCGCUGGCGGCAAUGGGUUUACGUCUGAAGAAGAACUUAGGGCUGAUCCUGCUUAUUUGUCUUACUAUUACUCAAAUGUCAAUCUAAACCCUAGGUUGCCGCCACCAUUGUUGUCGAAAGAAGAUUGGCGGUUUACCCAAAGAUUGCAGGGCGGUGGUGGGGUGGGUUUAGGCGGGAUUGGAGAUAGGAGGAAAGCCAACUGGGCUGAUGGUGGCGGUGGCGGAGGCGGUGGUGGGGCUGGUGGAGGAGGAGGUGGUGUGUCUCUUUUUUCUAUGCCGCCUGGUUUUAACUCAAAGAAACAAGAGGCUGAGAGUUCUGAGGGGGAGAAGCUUAAGGUUUCAGCUGAAUGGGGUGGCGAUGGAUUAAUCGGUCUGCCUGGUUUAGGGCUAGGCAGCAAACAGAAGAGCCUCGCCGAGAUUUUUCAGGAUGAUUUGAGCCGUUCGACUCCAGUUUCCGGACAUCCGUCUAGACCAGCUAGCCGUAACGCUUUCGAAAACAAUGAUGACACCCUAGGUCCCGCCGAGGCUAUGCUAAAGAGUUCCUCGGCAGCCCAACACAGCAAUGGCCUGCCGACAUCAUACUCUUAUGCCGCCGCUUUGGCUGCUUCUUUAUCAAGAAGUGGAACUCCCGACCCCCAACACAUUGCCAGGGUUCCUAGUCCGGUUCCCACUCCUAUUGGUGGCGGGAGAGUCAACUCUAUGGAGAAGAGGAAUCUAAACGGUCCAAAUCUCUUUAAUGGCGGCUCUUCUCACUCGAAAGAGUCGGCGGAUCUCGUGACGGCAUUGUCCGGCAUGAACUUGUCGAAUGAAGUCAUGGGGGAAGGCAAGAAUCCGACUCAUUUUGAUCAAAAUACGGAUUAUAAUGAUGGUUAUUUAUCUAAUGUGUCAAAUAGCCAUUCGGGUGCUUCUAAUAACUUAUAUGUUGAUGGAUCAUCUAAUAACUUUUAUGGUGGCUGGGAUCCAUCUUAUUCGAACUAUGGCACAAGCGGGUACUCCAUGAAUUCACCACAAAUGAUGUCCAGUCAAGGAGGCAGUUUGAAUCUGCCGCCACUUUUUGAGAAUGCCGCUGCUGCCGCCAUGGGUUUCCCUGGAAUGGAAUCAAGAUUUGCAUUGGAAUCACAAAGCCUGAGCCGGAUGGGGAGCCAGAUGUCUGGAAAUGCACCUUUCGUUGACCCGAUGUAUCUUCAGUACCUCAGAACCACCGAAUAUGCAGCGGCAGCCGCCCAGAUAGCGGCGCUCAAUGAUCCAACUGCCGAUAGGAACAGUUAUCUGGGAAAUUCGUACACGGAUUUGCUUCAGAAAGCGUAUCUUGGAUCUUUAUCUUCACCACAGAAAUCACAAUAUGGUGGUCAAUUCGGUGGAAAGUCCGCUAGUCCAAACCACCAUGGUUAUUAUGGGAAUCCUGGUUUUGGAAUGGGAUUAUCGUAUCCUGGAAGCCCAUUGGUUAGCCCGGUUCCUAACUCCCCUCGUGGGCCGGGAAGCCCGAUAAGGCUCGGUGAAGUCAAUGCACGAUUCUCCCCUCAAAUGAGAAACUUAGGUGGUGGUGCUGGUGGUGUUAUGGGGCCUUGGCAUCUAGAGGGCGGCGAUAACAGCUUUGCAUCUUCUUUGCUUGAAGAGUUUAAGAGCAAUAAAACCAAGUCCUUCGAGCUUUCGGAAAUCACGGGCCACGUUGUAGAGUUCAGUGCGGAUCAGUAUGGGAGCCGUUUCAUUCAACAGAAACUCGAAACCGCCACUACCGAAGAAAAAAACAUGGUUUUCCAAGAAAUCUUUCCUCAAGCUCUUACCCUGAUGACUGAUGUCUUCGGGAAUUACGUGAUUCAGAAGUUCUUUGAGCAUGGAAUGCCAACCCAAAGAAGAGAGUUGGCUGGAAAGCUUUUAGGCCAUGUGUUGACACUCAGCCUUCAAAUGUACGGCUGCCGUGUAAUCCAAAAGGCAAUUGAAGUGGUUGAUUUGGACCAAAAGAUCAAAAUGGUUGAAGAGCUCGAUGGUCAUAUCAUGAGAUGCGUACGCGAUCAGAAUGGGAACCACGUUAUUCAGAAGUGUAUCGAAUGUGUUCCUGAAGAACAUAUUCAGUUUAUCAUUACGACUUUCUUUGAUCAAGUCGUGACACUUUCUACUCAUCCAUAUGGAUGUCGGGUUAUCCAGAGGGUACUCGAGCACUGUGAGGAUCAAGAAACGCAAACUAAGGUGAUGAACGAGAUUCUAGCUUGUGUAAGCAUGCUUGCACAAGAUCAGUACGGAAAUUAUGUCGUACAGCAUGUAUUGGAACACGGAAAGCCGAAUGAGCGUUCUAUAAUAAUCCACGAGUUAGCCGGAAAGAUUGUUCAGAUGAGUCAACAGAAGUUUGCAUCCAAUGUUGUUGAGAAAUGUUUGACUUUUGGCGAUGCAAGUGAACGCCAACUCCUUGUGAACGAGAUGCUUGGUACCACUGAUGAAAAUGAGCCCCUUCAGGCGAUGAUGAAAGAUCAAUUUGCGAAUUAUGUUGUGCAAAAAGUACUGGAAACUUGCAGUGAUCAAGAACGCGAGCACAUACUGUCGAGAAUCAAAGUUCAUCUGAAUGCACUCAAGAAAUACACCUACGGAAAACACAUAGUUGCUCGUGUAGAGAAACUUGUUGCUGCUGGGGAAAGGAGAGUUGCUGCCCAGUCGUCGUUAUCACACGCUGGUUAGGAGGCGUAGGAAGAGUUGUACAGCUAACCGAUGCUAGUUUGAGCUACCCCUUUCUCUCAAAACGGUCAGUGCCAAAUGAAAUUUACUUGUACUAGAAGAAGAAACAAACUGUAAAUGCUGUAGUAGUUUUUAAGAUUUAUACGUAGUCGAGUCGAGUCGAGGCUUGGUUGUUUCAGCAAACGACACGGGUUUUCUUUGAGAGGGUGUAAAAACGACACUAGUUUUGUUAUGUUAUUACGACAUGUGACUGUACAAAAACGUUGCUCGUUGUUGAUGUUUGUAGGCAGAGUCGGAUUGUCGUUCUUAUGUAUUUAAACAACUUUCUUAUGCAAAAAUGUCUCUUUGAAUCUUU